UCUGUGCUUCAUGCUCCUCCACUUUAUACGAAUUGCGUUGGAUGGAAUUUCGAUUUUUUUAUUUUAAUGAAAGAUACUCUAAAAAUAAACCGUAAAGAAAUUCUGGUUUGCAACCACGUCCCAAGGACAUUUACGCAAGAUUUUGUAAAAAUUCUCUUUGCACCUUGUGGAAUUAUUAUUUUUUUUUUUCCGUUUAAAAAAGUUAUAAAAUGAGUACGACAGUGGCGACUGAGGGUUUUUUUCUGUCCGCCAUACAGCUAAACACUUCAGUCACUACUUAUGCAGUUCCAUCCGACAGUCAACUCGGACAUGGGGGCACAGGGUCGGAUGAGCUGGCCAAAGCGAAGCGGGUCCAGCAGCAGGUUCAACAGCGCCUCGCUGAAAAGGCCAGUGCUCUACCGAAGCUUGGUACUCUACAUCAUUCAUCAGACUACGAUGGCUUGGCGACAACAAGAUACCACACCCACAAUACGGGAUUCAGCUCCAACUCACUUGUGUUGACUGGGAGCAGACCCAUAGCUACCCCCCGUGUGGCUCAGUAUUCCGGGGGAUUUUCAUCCCGUUCGGCCGUGGAGGUGGGGUCGCAGCGCAAGAUCAGUUUGGCCACGACCGUAGCCGGCGGCCAUCCGCAUCAUUUCUACGAUGAUACACACUUGGGCGGGUAUUACACCGGGCAGUCCAAAGCAGGCAGUAGAAUCGAGCAGGAGAAGACUUCUGUGGGCCUUCACACUGUGCCGCAACAGCCGUCCCCCGUGGGCAGUUGGGUGGCACGAGAGGGCAUGACCGCUGAGCGGUCUUUUUACAGUGGGGGCUCUUUGCCCAACCCGGCACCCAUGCGCCGUACCCUCAGUGGUACCUUGGCACGAGAUGGCUCUGGAAGAGGCUGGAGGGAGGCAGAAUUGACUCAUCAUUACGCUUUCAAAGGCCCCUCUCAUCGUACAAUCAGCCGUAUUAAUAAUCGGCAACUCCAGCAGCAGCAGUAUCAUCAUUAUCAGCAACAACAACAACAACAACAACAACAGCGGGCAAACAGCUCCAUGCAGUGGCAGCAAGUAUCCAGUGGGGGCAGUAGUGUGUUUGGCGGAGGACCGUACCAAGCUCCGAUGCGCCGGGCCUCUUCCGUGCGCAGCCUGAGAAGUGUUGGGAAAGGUGUGGAUGUAUGUGACGUGGUGGCAGACGGAUCUGGGGGCAGUGACACCGCAGGCAGAAUGCAAAGUCUGGAUAUGCCCACUGCAGUCAGUUACCUCUCCAUGGCUGACACUGCCAUGCAGGUUCUAGGAGCUGCCUACAUUCAACAUCAGUGUUACCACAGCAGCGAUGCCAAGAGCCAGGUGCGUCAUUUGAAGGGAAUCUCAGCGCUGGUGCAGCUCUUCAGUAGCGACAAUCAGGAGGUACAGCGUUACGCCACUGGAGCCACCCGCAACCUCAUCUAUGAAAACAUGGACAACAAGACAGCACUCAUCGAAGCUGGGGGCAUCAGCAAACUCGUUGGAGCAUUACAGGAACUGGAUGAUGAACUACGCAAGAACAUAACAGGCAUACUGUGGAACCUGUCCUCCAAGGACAGUCUGAAAGAGAAAUUGGCCAGAGAGACACUUGGAGAGCUCACAGAAAGAGUGUUAGUGCCUCUCUCAGGAGGAGGAGACUCUGGAGUCAUCCAACAGACUCCAUCUGAGGCAGACAUCUUUUACAACACCACAGGCUGCCUGAGAAACCUGAGUUCAGUGAACGGCAGAACAAGACAGCAGAUGAGGGACACGCGGGGUCUGGUUGACUCUCUAGUGGGCUACAUCAAGAAUUGCCUUGAGGAGGGAAAAGCAGACAACAAGGGUGUGGAGAAUUGUGUGUGUGUGCUAAGGAACCUGUCCUAUCAGCUCUACAGUGAGAUCCCAGCCUCUGUCCUGUUACGGCUGGAGGGGCCCACACGCGCACAGGACACCCAACACAUCAGUGCCAUUGGCUGUUUCACUCCUCAGAGCAAGAAGGCCAAAGAGCAGAGGAACCAGGAGCUCUCCACAUUCUCAGAGGUGGCCAGGCAACCUAAGGGAGCAGAGUGGCUCUGGCAUCCUCAGAUAGUGGGGCUGUAUAAUCGUGUUCUCCAGAACUGUGACACCAACACUACCACGCGAGAGGCUGCCGCUGGUGCUCUUCAGAACAUUACGGCGGGAGAUGCUCGGUGGGCUUCAGUGUUGAGUAGAGUGGCUCUGGAGCAGGAGCGUAUGUUGCCUGUGAUUUUGGAUCAGCUGCGGACGCCCACUGAUUUGGAGCUGCGCUCCCUCACGGGCCUCCUCAGGAACCUGUCCCGCCACAGCAGGAACAAGGCAGAUAUGGCUACCAAAGUAGUGAACGUCUUGGUGAACAAACUUCCGAAUGACGGACAUGAGAAGGAACCAUGCAGUGAGGUGGUAGUCAACAUCUGUGGAGCUCUCAAUAAUCUUGUUGUCGGCAGCUAUUUGGCUGCUCGGGACAUUGCCUACUUUGAUGGACUUCCCAAGCUGGUGGGCAUCAAGACUGCCCAUGAUAACAGUCCAGGCAAGCUGAAGGCGGCUAAAGCUGCCUCCACUGUUCUCUGCAACAUGUUCCAAUACAACAAGCUACACAGAGAGUUCAAACAGAAGGGCUUCGCGAGGAGAGACUUCGCUGACUCUACCAUCUGAUCACCACGGUCAUCGUCACGGAUUCAUUUUCAUAAAGGGCAAAGGGAGUGAGUGGGCACCCAAGCAAUCCACUCAUACACAGCCCCCCUCCCUCACCCCCAACCCACCAGACCCAAUUCAGUUCUCUUUUUUUCUUUUCUUUUUUUCUUUUCUUAUAUAACUUUUUUGUCGGUCCCUGAAAAAACAAACAAAAAAACCCUUACUUUUAUUUUGCACCAUCGUUGCUGGAUGUGACCCACUUUCUUGCACCGCUCCCACCCGCUGUGCGUGUGAAGUGAGCAUGUGUCCCAUUGGGGGAGAUGGACCAGAGAUAGUGUAUGUUUGAGAGCCCAAACAUAGAGGCCAGCUGGGGUGAGGCCGCGGAGCACCUAUCUGAGUCUUUUGCUGCAGGUUAUGGCAUAACACAUAGACUGAGACUUACACUGAGGUUUACACAGAGCAAUCAAUAAUCACACAGCCAAAGGUCUAGGCUCCGUUUUCUACUACAGACACAGAGCAUGUGUGAACAAAGACUGACAGAAACUCACACACAAUAACAGUGUUUU